CUUCAUUCCGUCUCCCUCGUUCUUUCUCUAGCAACCAUCACUUCUUUCCCGCCAAACUCUCUCUCAACCAUGAAAGGCGUUGGCCAACGGUUUUUCAAACUUCCCGCCAAGUCGAAGAGGCCUCUCUACCUCAUCACGGCCACUGCUGCUGUCGCUGCUCUGGCCCACCAAUCAAACCCUAAUCACGCCACCCCCUUCCUCGACGACCUGCCUCUCCCUUCUUCCAUUGCCGUCGGAUUCCAUGCCAUUGCCCGCUCGUCUCGCGCUCUCUACACUAUCGCUUCCAAUGUUAUUGACUACAAGUAUUCUUUGCAUGGGUUAUCGCCAGAUUCCGAUGAAUAUCGCAGUAAAAUGUCGGAGGUUCAUCUUCGCUCAGCCAAGAGGAUUUUGAAGUUAUGUGAAGUCAAUAAAGGUUUUUAUGUGAAAGCGGGUCAGUUCGUUGCAUCCUUGCGACCUGUCCCAACAGAAUACUCUUCAAUUCUUUCCUCCUUGCAAGACCAGGCAGUUCCUUGUCACUUCAAAGCUAUUAGAGAAGUAUUAAUUAACAAUCUGGGCAAGGAUUUACCCGAUAUAUUUUUGUUAUUUGAUGAACAACCAAUAGCUGCGGCAUCAAUUGCUCAAGUACAUCGUGCAUUGUUGAAAGAUCAUCAAGAAGUAGCAAUUAAGGUGCAGUACCCGAGCUUAGAGAGCCAGAUGAAAAUAGACAUUACAACCAUGGCUAUCCUCUCAAAUGUUGUUGCUAGGAUUUUUCCUGAAUACAGGUUUACGUGGAUGGUAUCAGAAUUUGAGAAGACAAUUACUUUGGAACUUGAUUUUGUUCAGGAAGCAAAGAACUCUGAGAGAACUGCCAGAAACUUUAAAAACAACAGAGUGGUCACAGUCCCUCGUGUAUUUUGGGAUUUGACAACAAGGCAGGUUUUGACAAUGCAGUUUUGCGAUGGACACAAGGUAGAUGACUUGGAAUUCUUGGAAACAACAGGAAUAAAUCCAGUAAAGGUCGCAAAAGCAUUGAUGGAAAUAUUUGCUGAAAUGAUAUGUGUAUAUGGUUUUCUGCAUGGAGAUCCACAUCCCGGCAAUAUAUUAGUUUCUCCAAAAGGUCGCGGAGGCUUCUCCCUGGUUCUUUUGGAUCAUGGCAUCUAUAAGGAGUUGGAUGAAGGAUUCAGAUUGAAAUAUUGUCAACUGUGGAAGGCUCUUAUUCUUCAGGACUCGUGCAAAAUACAGCAACUAGGUGAACAAUUUGGUGUUGGAAAGUAUGCAAGAUACUUUCCAGUUAUUUUCACUGGGAGAACUAUUGACAGUAAAUCAGCACUGGGGAGAGGAAUGUCAAUUGAGGAGAAAAGGAAUCUGAAGCAGGAACUGAAUUCUUUAAAUAUGGGUGAUGUUUCUUCAUUUAUGGAAUCACUGCCGCCUGACUUUCUUACAAUAUUACGGACAGAUGGAUUACUGAGGUCAAUAGUUCGCAAGCUGGGUGCAUCAUCUCGUGUUCGGCUACUAGCUUAUGCAAAAUAUGCAGUGUACGGUCUUGCAACCAAGUCCGACACAGAUGCUGGUUCUGCAGUUGAUUAUUUUCUCUCAAGAUUCAGAACAAGAGUGAGUUAUGUUCAACUGAGGGCACUUGUUGAAAUCCUGGAGUUUCUUUCAUUGGUGGAGGCAUUCAGACAUUCACUCAUGGAUACAUUGAAGAGGAUGCUGUUCGAAGCUGUUCAUUUCUUUAAUAGAGGUUUCCUCAAGUUGAAACCGUGAACAGUUACUGGCUGUGCUGUUUUUCCAAAGAUUAUUGGGUAUUAUGACAGACCACAGGGAAAGAUAUGAAAAGAGAAGGCAAGAAAUGCAAAUGUCACAUCGAAAUUGCUCCUUUUGAUUAUGCAGAUGGGCAAUGUUGUACAUGCAGUUUAUAUUCUUUGUACUAGUAAUUUUCUAAUCAUUGCCACAAUAUAUGGCAUCUCGUCCAA